UGUUUUUAUGAAGAUGUUUCGUCGGUGGUGAGGAAUCAGGAGGCUAUGGAAGCAGCCCGGAGGAGGAUGCAGGAGGAGCUGGAUGCCAAGGCAGCCAUCUUUAGAGAAACAGAAACAGGUGCAUGUGUGUGUGUGUGUAAACAGCAAGAGGAGGAGAAGAGGAGGCAGAAGAUCGAGAUCUGGGAGAGCAUGCAGCAGGGGAAGAGCUACAAAGGAGCUCAGAGAGUCUCUGCGGUGACUGAAGAGGCCAGCUCGUCCACCACUGUGCCGAAACCAAAGACGGACAAGAAGCCGCUCCGUGGUGCAGACUAUAACCCUCUGACUGGAGAGGGAGGCAGCUCCUGUACGUGGAGGCCGGGUCGGAGGGGGCCGUCCUCGGGAGGAUGAGGUUAAAGAGGGUCAGAUUGCUCUGACGUCUUGAUCAACACAUUGACUGAUGAACCAAGCUUCAAUAUCUGCACACACAUACAUUUUCUUUAAAUUCUGAUCAGUUAGCUUACUUUACAAUAAAAACCUAUCAAUAAGGUAAUAAUCUCUGUGUGCUGCAGCCUCGUUAACUAUCAAACAUAAUGGUGAUUAAUCGGGGUUGUGAGGGCUGAAUUUGGUUUGUGAGAUUGAAAGCUUGAAAUGAAGCUGCUCCUGUAAACGGUGUGUAACCAGGAGGAGCGGCUGAUGACGUUCACAGUCAGUGUUUCCAUGUCUUUAUGAGUGUGUAUGUUCACAGUGUAGAGGCCGUGGACACUGCAGCAUCUGUAGCUGCUGGACACAAAAUGACUCGUCUGCAUCUGUAGUUACAAAACAUAUUGAUCAGUUAUUGUGUAACACAGCCAUGCCCAUUCUGUUUCACACAUUUGUAUGCAAUAAAAAGAUAUCUGCUA